UCAACGUACCCCUCGGAUUUUCACGGAAGAAAAAAACAAAAGACACAGAAAAAAAAGAAAGGGCAUGACGUCGCCUUGUGGUCCGGAGGGCGUGACGUGUACGCUGAUGUCAUUUCCGGUGGCUGUGUGAAGUGCGUGUGAAGUGUGAUAUCCUGUGGAUGCAAGUGUCACCAUGUGGCAUCUGAAGGCUGUGUGCACUCCUUCCUCAUCUUCUUCCUCAUCACCUGAGCGUCGCCAUCUCAGGUGCCACAUGAGUGGUGGAUGUUGGUUUCUGGUCUGCAUCUUGCUCUCUGUGUCACUGGAGCGAGUGCGGGCUCGGUACCAGGCCGUUACCGCAGAAGCACAAACUCUGACAGUACUAGAGGGCAGUCAAGUCCAACUGGGAUGCGACAUUCGAGCAACCGGACCCGGCGAUUUUCCCAUCCGGAUUCGAUGGUUCAAGGACUCGGGCGAGAGCCCUGUGUACAAUGUGGAAGUGAAUCCUCGUACAGGAAGCCUGUCACAGAUACGGCAAAGUGCCCAGCAGAGCUCGCUGCAGGGCCGCGCUUAUUUCUCCGUCAUCCACACGCCGGCUGUGCUAAGCGUCGACCGGCUUCGCUUCGACGACAACGGAACGUACGUCUGUUCGGUGGACUUCAAGAAGGACUGGACGAGAAAAGUCAUCGUUCACCUCAUAGUUAUAGUUCCCCCGAAGCGACCGGUAAUAAAAGAUGAAAACGGGACCCGAAUCGAGAACACAACGAGGCCGUACCAAGAGGGCGAGGACCUGACGCUUACCUGUGACGUCCACGAUGGAAAACCGGAGCCGGCUGUUACCUGGUGGCGUGGAACGGAGCUUUUGCAGCAAGUAUUGAGCCGCACAGCCAAUGGACAUCCCAGAGCUACACUAUUUCGACUGACACUCACUCGUCGUGAUUACCUGGCAAGACUCACUUGCAGAGCAGCCAACAGCAACAUUUCGGAGGCUGUAUCCACCACCAUUAUCGUCAACAUGUAUUUACGACCGGUGACCGCUGAAAUCAAGGGUCCACGAGGUCCCCUGUCUGCCGACCUCUCAACGCAGGUCAUCUGCGAGGUGAACGGCUCGCGGCCCGAAGCGGCCGUGCGCUGGUUUCUGGGUCCCUACCAGCUGAACGAUACGGAGACAUACGUUCCUUCACCGAACACAACCUUGGGGAUUCUGCACUUCAUUCCUUCCGACAGAGACCACGGCUCGAAGCUCCGCUGCGUUCCUGCUAACCCUCUCGCCUCAAUCAGGCCCAAUGGGCCUCUGCAAGAUGCCUGGACUCUGGAUGUGCACUAUAAACCAAUCGUCCAGCUCCGUCUGGGGAGCGGCCUGAGUCCCUCCAACAUACAAGAAGGCAUCGACAUCUAUUUCGAAUGUAGCGUCCGCGCCAAUCCCCCGGUACGGGAAGUGUCAUGGAGAUUCAAUGGACGAGAGCUGACAGCCGACGGCGCGCACGGGAUCAUCAUCAGUAACCAGUCCCUGGCCGUAAGAAGAGUCAACCGAACUCACGCGGGACAUUACACAUGCCUGGCUGCAAACUCAGAGGGCGAGGCGCACAGCAACCGCUUACGGCUCAGGGUGUUGCAUGCCCCCGUGUGUCGCAUCGGUCGACGCCAGCUAACGCAAUCAGCAGCCAAGCACGAAACCAUCGCAGUGUCGUGUGAGGUGGAUGCGGACCCCGCCAACGUCACUUUCUCGUGGACUUUUCAUCAGGCCCAUCGAAAUUAUGAGAUGGCCCCCGCCAAUAUGUCGGCCACUGCCGGUGGUGACCCUCUGCGUUCCGUCCUGAUGUACUCUCCAAAGACUGACGCCGACUACGGUACCCUGUAUUGCCUGGCGAGGAAUUCCAUUGGCGACAGCCUACAGCCCUGUAUAUUCCAGAUCACCCCAGUAGCAGGACCACCUGUAUCCCCGUUCAACUGCACCGUAGAGGAGGUGACAUCUGACGGCCUUCAUGUAAUCUGCCAGCGUAGUGUCCCUGGACAGCAGACCUUCCUGUUAGAACUGCAUGAUGGCCAGAGUACGCCGAUCGUCACCAACUUUACCUCGGGUCAUCCCAGCUUCCGUGUCCAUUCACUCCGGCCGGGCACUCGUUAUCGGAUGGCGUUGUACGGCAUCAAUGCGAAUGGGAGGAGCGAACCGGUCGAGAUGACAGUCUAUACUCUGCCCCUCGAGCGGAGCCUAGUCAGUCCAGACACCAACUGGAGCAUGGGUUCCACUGCGCUGUGGGCGGCCGCUAUGAGUGCUGUGGCCGCAUUUUUACUAGUGUUUAUCGCCCUUACGCUGGGAAAAUUUCGACGGAAAAUACUCUUCAAUCGAGGUCAACACGUCUGGGAUGGAAACCCCACGGACUGUAACCGCGUGAGGCACGACUUGGUGGAAGGAAAUACUGACCUGGGAACGGAACUUGCAGCGUUCGAUCAGCCAGCCAUGAUUACGUUCAAGGACCCCAUGAUGAUCAAGCCCCAUCUGAACGGCAACGGAGCAGUCGUGGUUCCUCAACACGCGCACACCAAAUUACGGAUUCCGUCGCCAUCGUAAACACCACCAUUGAAUGUGCACCCGCAUCACGUGACGCGUGGCCCUGACGUCAUGUGAAACGUCACAAACACCCACAAAUCCUAUGCGCCAACAGCUGCUCAACGUGCCGACUUUAAAACAUGCCUUGUUCUACAUUAUGGAUGGAGGUCACAGUGUGUGCUUCAUGCGACGUGCAGCGGGUCUUUUUUUCGAGUGUGAAAAAAAAAGAGCCGUGUUUGUGAAGGAGAAAGAAAGAGAGAGAGAAAAAAAAAACUGCUGUCAAGUGCCAUGUGUGGUUAUGAACCCAGAAAUAUAUAGAAGGGAAAUGAUAAUUAUGCCAGUGAAGAAACAGACUCUCUACUGGAACUCUGGGGUUUCACAGCUGUCGUUCUAUUUGCAAUUUGCAAUCUGUGUACUUAUGGACCGCAAAUACCGUAUUUUGCUUAUACUAGUCCGCGCCCUCACACAGAGUGUCACACAGAGAGAAGUUUCCUUUCGGGGGAAAAAUAUCUGUGUAAUGUGUGAUGAGGACAAGAUGUUAUUGUACAUUUCGCACUUAUUGUACAGUGAAGAGAGUGCACCUGAGAUGACAUCUUUUAUUCGUAGCCAAAAGGUGUGAAUGUUGCGUCCUUUUUAACGACAGGGUACGUGCAGGCGAUGAGCCGAUACACAUAAGGCACACUUAAUUCACAUAAAGAGUUCAUAUUCUUGGCUGAGUGCUUUCAUUUGGGUUAUCUGCGUAUUUAAAGGCGUGUGCUAUGGAGCUGAAUGAAGUGAUAAGACACAAUGUUCGAAGACGAUUACGUAAAUUUAUGUGAAUCUCUUUUGUGACGGUUCCAGACAGACUUCCUGCGUCGUGGCUAUAGUCGAGGCUAAUCAGAAUAAAUGCUCUCGCGGUGAAGUCCAGAAUGGGAUGGCUGAGGUGUAUUUAGCCGAAGUGGGACCAAAUAAAGGAAAAUGAUGUAAUAUCUGUUCGAUAUAUCCCCCAAUGUCAACGCCCGUAAAAGCUGCAUCACGCCUCAAGUUGCUUGGAUAGUGGAGCACACGCCUAUAUACUACGUAACUCAGAAAUGGGCAAUUUCGAUUAUUCGACCUUGCUAGAGGUUGAAAACGACGAAGGAAGCCCCCUCCAUUGGACAGAUUCAUGGUUCAGCAACAGAAAACUCCGGAGCCGCAACAAAAAGUUAUUUCCUCGAUCAAUGCGUAAAUGGCGUCUGCACUGUGAGACCUCGUCCCUAGAGUUCUGUGUUUGAGGCAUUUACUUUUGCGCAAAUUUCAAAGACGUUUAUCGGUAUCUGUCAUUUAAUAUAAUGUUGUUUGGGACUCCAUCGCUAUUUAACUUUACCUGAAACGAAUAAGCACUCAAUAUGGUUGCUUAGGAAUACGUCGUACACGCGUAUAACGUGCAUUUCCAAACGAAUAAGGUCAGAAGUUAUUUCCGCACCAUGGGGUAAGAAUUGCGAGAACUCCAAAGGUCAUAGGUACUGUUUUAAAUCAAAUAAUAUUCAUUUCCUAUAUGCUAUCAUGAGAAAGACUAAGCAAACUUGCGCUUAAUACGGCCAACACUAAUAGAUUUGUCCUCCCUGAUACGUCUGGGGACCACUGGAUUCUAUUAUUUAAACAAAAAGAGAUGUUUCAUCUCCAUUACUAACGUUCACAAGGGCAACAACAGUAAUACAGGAGAGACGUCUGCGAAUAGCGAAACGUUAUACACCACGAAAUAUUAAAAUAAAAUAAUUAAAAUAAAAUCUGACUCCAGGGUCGGGGAUUUCAGAAUUAUGGGACCGCUUCUCUUUGCGCUGUGUGCCUCCAAACACUCCCGGUAACGGAGUACUGGCAUUUUAAAGAAACCUUUUCCGGGCAAACCACAUCGAAAUUCGGAAUUUUUAACGAUAAAUCAAUCGAACAAUUAAUAAUAAAUAAAUAGAUAAUGAAUAAAUAACAAAAUUUCAAACAACAAACAACAAAUAUACAUAUAUCGCGCGAUAGCUACGCGUCGCUUUGGAGCGAAUGUCGGAAAUGUAGAACCGUGCUUACGACCUUGAAUGCCAUGUAACAUCGUCUAUGUUCGAAUAAACCAGAGGCAUACACAUUCCGCCGAGCAUUAAACUGCAGAAGGAAGCCCUGUCUACGUCUCAAUCUGCCAUAGGCGUAGUACAAACGAUGUUUGCUACGAUAUACGUAUUACGAGGCAGUUUAUGAGCUACGAGCCAGUGAGUGAUCGAGUGAAUCGUUCGGAAAAAGGAUUCCUUUUUUUUUUUAAUAAAGCGCGCAUUAUAUGUGUGUUUUCGGUGCCGCAAGAUGGUGAUGUGUGCCACUCGCUGUCCGACCAUUGUUGCUUGUGUUCUUUUGUGGGACUGAAAGACUAUUCACGCGAAUCUGUGACCCGUCAUCGAGUGACACCUGUGGCUUUUCAAUGGACGUCGUUCACUGACGCCCCCAAUUGUGAAUAAAGAAAUCAUUCCUUUUUCA